AUGCCAAGCGCGCGGCGGCGCAGGUUGAGUGACGACAGCCGGCGGGAUGACGUGGGCAGGGAGGAGUCGAGCCGGAAGAGGAAGAGGCGGAUCCUGUCCUGCGACACGUGUCGGAGGCAGAAGUGUCGGUGUGAACUCGACGAGGAGUCUGAAGCGAUUACUUGCACGUGGAACGACAGCGGCGACACGCAUUCAGUUUCAUCAAGAGAGGCACCGGCUAAGCUUGACGUCGAGGGAAGUAACACUUACGAGCUUGUUGCUGGCAGAAACGCUGACCAACCUUUCAAUGGCAGGUUUCGAAGCCUAGAAGCGUCCAUAGUCGACCUCAAGGCAACCAUACAAGAGCUGGCAACGGGAAGCCGGCCAGCAACGAAUAGGACACUACCGACAGGGCGUCAGGAGAGACGCUACCAGUCGCAACAGCAACCGUCACUUGCGGAAAAGAAUGUUGUUGACGAACAUGAGUCUGACAAGGCCAGGGGAAAUGACGACGUCGAGCCGGCGGACCGACAUGUUUACUUAUCUCCUGCCGAGGUCGUGCGCAAGGUCGGGAGCCAGCUGAGCGGAGGUUAUCGGAGGACAUUCGAUGUCCAAGCCGAUGUCGUCUCGUCGGGCAUUUUGGACGAAAAGACGGCUCGCGAUUUGGUUGCAGAAUUUGUCCGUCGAAGGCGACACACGCUCCUGAUCAACAGCGAGAUCGACCUCGCCCCUAAGAACAGGGACUUGCGUCAUGCCUCGCCCUUCUUGCAUGACGCCUGCUGUCUGCACGCGAUGCGCUUUUCCGAGCACAGCUCAUCGGUGCUACACCGCCGCGUAUUCGAGCACGUGCGGUUGCAGAUGGGACAGCUGAUGAUUGUGAGCCCGCUGCCAUUGGAGGAAUUGACGGGCAUCAUGAUUAUGGGUUUAUGGGCUUCGGCGCCAUCGGGGCCGGAAUAUAUCGACAGCUGGUUAGUGAGCGGGCAUUGUGCGCAACAGGCAAUGUUGAGCAUCAACUUUUCGGAAGUUUUAUCGCGGACGAAAUCGAGGACUUCGACAGAAGAGGAUCAGAGGGUUAUGCGACUUUGGGCCAACACCUGCCUGAUAAAUCUCCAUUGGGCCGCGACCACUAGUCGACCGGCGACCGUACCGGCCGCCUACCUCCAGCAGUGCAAGCUCCUCCUCAACUUUGAAGAGGUGACAAUGCGAGACGCCAUGGUCUAUGCCGAGAUUAUGCUUUACUUGAUUUUGCAGGAUAAGUUCGCACAACGAUCUUACUUGAGAAGCAACGGCGCAUGUGAGGAGCUCUCGGCAUGGAAAGCGAGGUGGAAUUACCUAUUUGAUCUUCCUGCCGCAUCAACAUUGAGGAUAAGUUACUCAAUAGCGUGGCUAAUUCUCGCCCGGCGUUCACUCGAACACGACCAAGCCACCUCGGACCAAGACUCCUUGUCGAGUUCACCAAGGCUCGCUCAGGCAGACGCCCCAGCGGGCACAACAAACAGAAACGCGGAUUACCAGGGCCCUCCCGACAUGACGCAGUCGCGCGUGAGGGCCUUCGCGACAAACGUUGUCAGAGCAUUUGUUGACAUGCCGGGCUCCCGCGCCGAGGAGCUGCCCGAGUUCCACCGCCUGUGCGUCGCGUACGCGAUGCUCAUUAUCUCAAAGUACGAGCACAAAACGUCGUUACUCGGAGGUGAUGGCGACGGCGACGGCGACGACGCAGUGCUAGAACUCCUCCGCGCCGCGCAGAGGCACAACGGCGUCCGAGGAAACAGUGCGCCGUCUGCGAUUCAAUUCGGGCUGGAGAGGGCAUUGAAAAAAGUUGCAGAGAGGGCAGAAGCUCACGCCGGUGGUCUUGCCCGGGCUGCGGCUGGCGGAGAUGGCCACGGGCUGCCGGACGUGGAACUGUCCUUUACGAGGAGCGGGCACACCCGGGGUCCGCCGGCUGUGGCCGCCGGCGCCGCGGCAACGGCUUCGGCGACUUGGACACACCAUCAACAAGACACUGUGCCGGGGCAACAUGAAAAUCAUCCGUCUUCCUUCACGGGGACGACGCUGGGACCGGAGUUUGAUGAGUCGCUCUCCUUGGAGACGAUGGAUAUCUUUUUCAGCGGCGGCCACCUUGGGCUUGGUGAUCACUCGUUCUUUUGA